AUGUUGACCUCUGCAUUUAUUCAAAGCAUUUUCCAUGAGAAGAAGGCAGCAAAUAUUGUCCUUGGAUCUGGGUCAGUUAUUGGACGUCUUUUGCCAUUUGUAUCGGGCACUCAAAAUGGACCAAAUGGGAAGAUUUCUCCGCCUUCGCUCAACCCCUUACAGGAAGCAAGACUCAAAUAUCUGAAGCAAAGGCUGGCAGUUCCUUUUGACAGUUCUUCUUUUGAGCAUCAAGCACUUAAGGAGAAAUCUACAAUAAUUCAAAUUCUAAAGCAGGAGAAUGAAGGCCUUGUACAGUAUACUGCUACAGAUGAAGAUUCUACUAAUAGUGGUGGAAGUAAUAUUUUGAAGUCUUGGGCUAUUUUAGCAUGA